AUGAAUCUUCUUUUAGGUGAAGCAGGAGAAGGUAGAUUAAAGCAAAUUUUAAACUAUGAAUACUGGAAUUGCCAACAAGAUCCUAAAACAAAAAUAACAGGAUAUAUACUAUUUGUAAAUAGUGAAGAAAUUUAUGAAGUUUCUUUCAGAGAGUUUAUUAAUGGAAAUGAAGUAACAAAUGAAAAUCACACUUCUGCUCACUCUGCAAUACCUACUAUUACUAAAACAAAUAAUCAAUCGCAAUAUAGAUUUAUUUUACCACGCUCCUCCCUUCAAGAAUUAAAUCAAAGAUAUCAAUAA